AUGUCCAAGCUCAACGCCGGCGCCUUCGAAUUCGUACCGCGUUCUGUGCGCCCUUCUCAGCCGCCACAGACACCCGCGCAACCACCAUCGCAGCCGCCGGCAUUCGUGCGGCAAGAAGAGAGCGCGCCGUCGGCACCUGCCCCGACCUUCUCCCUCAACAUCGGCGGGUCCAGGCCAACACCACCUCCAGCACCGGCGGCAGCACCUCCAGCAUUCGUUCGGCGCGACGACCCUGCCAGCGCGCCGGCACCGGCGCCCACGAUCUCGCUAUCAAUCGGCGGCUCCAAGCCCGCUGCCCCGCCACCCGCCGCCGUCGCCAAACCCACGCCACCGCCACCUGCGCCGGCAGCAGCCCCACCAUCACUAGACUCGGUACCGGAGAACAAGGCGGCACCGAAGAAGGAUGCGGCGAGCACCAGCAAGACCUUCACGAUGGAUCGCGCGAAGAACGAUACGGCGGCUAUCGCGCAGGAGGUUAGGGAGGUUGCCGAUCAGGCCGUACUUGAGGAUCUGUAUGGACAUGCCAAGGAGCACUUGAACAUCGUCUUCAUUGGCCACGUCGAUGCAGGCAAGAGUACCAUGGGCGGCAACCUACUCUACCUCUGCGGUAUGGUCGACAAGCGUACGAUGGAGAAGUACGAGAAGGAGGCGAAGGAAGCUGGCCGUGAGAGUUGGUACCUAUCUUGGGCGCUUGACAGCACUACGCAGGAGCGCGCAAAGGGCAAGACCGUCGAGGUCGGUCGCGCGUACUUCGAGACAGAAAAGCGUCGGUACACCAUCCUCGAUGCGCCCGGUCACAAGACAUAUGUGCCGAGCAUGAUCUCGGGUGCCGCUCAGGCCGAUGUCGCAUUGCUCGUCAUCUCCGCUCGCAAGGGUGAGUUCGAGACUGGAUUCGAGAAGGGCGGUCAAACGCGUGAGCAUAUCACGCUCGCCAAGACGGCCGGUGUCACAAAGGUUGCCGUCGUAAUCAACAAGAUGGACGACUCAACCGUGAACUGGGACAAGGCUCGCUACGACGAGAUCGUCGGCAAGCUGCAACCUUUCCUCAAGGGCGCGUCGUUCAACCUCAAGACCGACGUCACGUUCUUGCCCGUAUCCGCAUACACUGGCGCGAACCUCAAGGAGCGCGUCUCGAAGGCUACUGCACCGUGGUGGGACGGUCCAUCCGUUCUCGAGUACCUCGACGCGCUCCCCAUGAUCGGCCGCAACAUCAACGCGCCUCUCAUGAUGCCCAUCUCGGAGAAAUACAAGGACCUCGGCACAGUCGCAGUGGGCAAGAUCGAGUCCGGCGCGAUGCGCAAGGGCGACACGCUGCUCGUCAUGCCCAACAGGCAAACGGUAGAAGUAGCCGGUAUCGCCAACGAGCUCGACGAGGAGGUCCAGGCCGCGUUCAGUGGCGACAACGUCCGCGUCAAGCUCCGUGGUAUUGAGGACGAGGAGAUCAGCCCCGGAUUCGUGUUGAGUAGCCACGCGAAGCCUGUGAAAGCUGUCAAGACGUUCGAGGCGCAGCUCGCGAUUCUCGAGCACAAGAACAUCAUCUGCGCAGGCUACAGCGCCGUCAUGCACGUCCACACGCUCGCGGAAGAGGUCACGCUCUCCGCGUUGUUGCACUACUUCGACAAGUCUACGGGCCGCAAGAGUCGCAAGCCGCCGCAGUUCGCGAAGAGGGGGCAGAGGAUCGUCGCGCUGGUCGAGACGAGCCAGCCGGUGUGUGUGGAGCGGUUCGCGGAUUAUCCGCAGCUUGGGAGGUUCACGCUGCGUGAUGAGGGGAAGACGGUGGCGAUUGGGAAGGUCACGAAGUUGAUUGAGAGCAUUGAUGAUAUGAGCGAGGGUGUACAGGCUAUGGCGCUUGCUGGCACGGGCAACUAA